CAUUGAUAUUUGAUGCUCAUGCAAAAGCUUAUGUAAGUGGUAAUUUUGGAAAUGUUAGAAAUCAAUAUUGCGGUUUAACGGAAUAUUGAAAUAAUUGCUUUUUUUUGGCUCGAGUAAUUAAUAUUCGUCGAACGAGAGGGGCUGUGGAAAUUUUUGGCGACGUCGGGAUAUUUGAAAAUUAUUGUGGAUGGUUGUUAAUACUUUUUUUUUCUCGAAAUUUUGUUUUACUCAUUAUCGAUUUUUUUUUUCGGGGAUUUUUUAGAAUUUCACGUAAUUCGUUAAAAAUUCCAAGCGACCUAGAUGUAACCGGGCUCGGACGCGUUUUCCUAUCUUUCAUGAGUGCGGACGUGUAUAUUUAUAGUGUUUAUACGUGAACGUAUUUAUAAUUUCGCGUCGGGAUAUAUAGUGUGUGCUUGGACUACCUCGUCUGAGAAACAGUUUGUCUCUAGGCUCGUAAGACGCUGCUGGAUUUCCUUUAAAAAAAAAACUAUUUCGUCCAUUCCUAAGAAAUUGUAUUUGCACGGGAUCGAUUUGGCGUAGAAAAUUUUUUUUUUAUAUCGAAAUCGAUAAAUUAAUUUCGACGAAAUGUCAGGGUGACGCGUUUAUCCGAUUAUUCUGUUUACCAAUAAAUUUUCUGUCUAGGAUAUUUACAUCUAUAAUAAAUAGCAUCGAUCGUCGCGCACGUCGAAAACUUUUUCUUCGUUAGUAAUUUUGAAAAAAAAAAUCUUAUUAAAACGCUAUAGAUAUAUUAACAAUAAAUUUAGUCUUCCGCGUGCAAGUUUCGAGGACGUUCAAUGAUCGAGCAUUGAUAUUUUAGUUUUCGCCAUUUUUAAACCCAUACGGGAAAGAUACGUGUGGCUGGCUAUUUGCGAAAAUGAGCAAACGAAUAAAUGCUGAGAGGACGAGUUGAUACGAACCAAAAUAAUUUUAUAAAAGAUUGACGCGUUUUGGCUGGCUCCGUAGCCAAACCUUAGUCGGUACGUUUCGUCAGCGAAGCAUAAUUCGGUUCUGUCGUCGUUUCAUCGAGCGUCUCUAGCACUUAAGCAGAAGGAAGGUCAGGGAUCCGUUUUAAAACAUCUAUUUUGGAUGUUCCUGUUUAUCGUAAACAAUUGGUCGGAUCGGCUAUGGGUAAAAUGUAAAAGUAUAUAAAAUCGAUGACAAAAUAUUUUUCACGUACACAUAACGAUCUAAUGAUUCGCCAGUGCAAUUAUUAUUUUCUCUUACCAAGUAGAACAAGCAGAAGCCGGCUAAAAAUGUCUCGGACCAUGUGCUUAGCUCGGUGGCACGUACGUCGCGUGCGGAACGCGCGCGGCCAAGAGUUCGCGUCCUGUUCGUUAUAAGAGGGCUUGUCACGAAAUUGUAGCGGAAUGUGCAACAAAAUGGUCUAAGCUUGAUUGGUGAAUAGUAAAUAUUCAAGGUUUCGAAUGGAGGUACCAAGCGACUGAUAAAAAUGUAUUUCCUGAAGCGCAAAUAAUUGUGAAAACAAAAGGAGGAACGCGUGUGCGUUAAUAAAAAAGUAAAAAAAAAUAAGAUAUAUGGACAGUACCCCCGUGCAGAUGUUUUAAUGGUAGAGCGGGGUGAGCCUAAAAAUUCUCCAGGCUCUAGGGGUAGAUACGAAAUCGCGACGUCGCGUCAGGGGCGUAAUAAGAGGGUUCGUCGGUGGGGGUUCCGUUGGUGGGAAGGAGAAGUGAAUUAUUGGCGUGUAGUACGGUGAGAGGGGGCUGUGGCCUCGCGGGAGGGAGGCUUGGGUCGGAUCCCGAGUCCCUUACGAAGACAGCCGAACUCGCCCGAGCUCUGGCACAGCCCGACCGGCGCGCUUUAAAACGUCCAGCGCGUUCAGUCUCUAGGCAUCCCCCGCCCGUAACGUUGUUCCUUUGUUUCUUUAGUAUAGUUAUCGGUUUAUUUCACGUUGCAUUGUGCAUCGGCCGAGCGACCACUACGAGAGUAACGGCAUGGAUGAUAUCGCGGUGAUCAGUGACUGACGGACAGAGGAAGUGAGACCGAGCUAGAGUAACUGAGAGAGAGAGAGAGAGUGAGAAAGGGAGUGGAAGGGAGAGAGUAAGAGAGCUAGAAAAGAGAAAGAGAAGGUAUUAACGUGAGGAACACGAAAGAGUCUCGCCUAUCGCCGCGUAUAUAAAUGCUGAUCUCGCGCGACCAUCGUACUUUUCUUUUAUUGAUUUUUCAUUUUGUUCCGGGCGGCGGUGCGAGAGCGUGAUAACGACGGGGAAACGUGUAUUCGGCGCCGCUAAAAUCGUCAGUGUUCGGAUUAUAACGCGAGCCACAAUAAUUAGAACGUAGUGCUGCUCGCUAAAGGAGAAAAGAGAUUUGAUACGUAGUUAGACCACGUGCAAAAGGAGUGCAAUGAUGGCGAACGGAAUGGACACAGUUGUGCAACAAAAUGGGGGCUCGACCCUCGGUCAGACAUCACAAGAGGAGUCGAAGACGAAUCUCAUCGUGAAUUACCUGCCGCAGACGAUGACCCAGGAGGAAAUUCGUUCGCUGUUCUCUAGCAUCGGCGAGGUCGAGAGCUGUAAGCUCAUUCGCGACAAAGUCACCGAUGACGCUGGACGGCAAAGCCUGGGCUAUGGCUUCGUCAACUACCAUCGGCCCGAGGACGCUGAAAAGGCCAUCAACACGUUGAACGGUCUUCGGCUGCAAAAUAAAACCAUCAAGGUAUCUUACGCCAGACCGAGCAGCGAGGCCAUCAAGGGUGCCAAUCUCUACGUGAGCGGGUUGCCGAAGAAUAUGACGCAACAGGAUCUCGAGAAUCUGUUCAGUCCGUACGGUCGGAUCAUCACGUCGCGCAUACUUUGCGACAACAUAACCGUACGACAGUUUGUGACUGGCGGCGGAGACAAUUUGCCCGGCCUGUCGAAAGGUGUCGGGUUCAUCCGGUUCGAUCAACGGGUCGAGGCUGAGCGCGCCAUCCAGGAACUGAACGGGACCAUUCCAAAGGGUUCGUCCGAACCGAUCACAGUCAAGUUCGCAAACAACCCGAGCAACAACAACAAGGCGAUACCGCCGUUGGCCGCCUACCUUGCUCCGCAGGCCACACGUCGAUUUGGCGGCCCGAUCCACCAUCCAACCGGCCGCUUCAGGUACAUUCCACUGUCGCCACUAUCCAGCACUGGCAAGACCAUGCUUGCCAUUAACAAAGGCUUACAGAGGUACAGCCCGCUGGCAGGUGAUCUACUGGCGAACUCGAUGCUACCGGGUAACGCGAUGAACGGCAGCGGAUGGUGCAUCUUCGUGUACAAUCUGGCGCCGGAGACCGAGGAGAACGUCCUGUGGCAGCUCUUUGGGCCCUUUGGUGCUGUCCAGUCGGUUAAGGUGAUCCGUGAUCUGCAGACCAAUAAGUGCAAGGGCUUCGGAUUCGUCACGAUGACCAACUACGAGGAGGCGGUUGUCGCGAUCCAAAGCCUGAACGGGUAUACGUUGGGCAAUCGCGUGCUCCAGGUUAGCUUCAAGACGAAUAAGAGCAAAGCCGCGUAGGACGAGUGUGCAGAAACGGCAACGACAGCAGCAGCGUACAUUCGGCAGCAUGUCCAGAACCUCCAAUUCGCCAAUCACGUAAACGCCCGGAACAACAACCCCAGCAGCAGCAGCAGCAGCAGCAGCAGCUGCAGCAGCACCCACGUCAACAGUCCGAACCAGCAGGAGCAAAGCUCGAAACCGUUGGUCCAGCAGCUGGAGGCUGCGCCGUCCCGCUCACUCGCCGGUUGGCCGCCUCGGGAAGCGCAGCUAUCUCGGAACUUGUCACAUCCGGGCAUCGGCGAGGUUUAGUGCGGAUCAAGAUAAUUCGAAGGAGUGUUCUGCUGCCCUCGCACCACGUACGCUACACGAGGAUCGUACCGACACAGUACGAAUAGUACGGAUAGUCAACCUCCACUCUUCCUUAUCGACGGCACCUCGAUACACUCGGGACUCACUUGCCUCUCGAGCGCCACUUUCAUACCUCCUGGUACGGACGUAGCCGCCACCGCGGUCGUCACUCGACGUAUCGUCGACUGGCGCUCGUGGCUUCCGGUACGACCGCGAGAGAGGACCGGGUCGGGUGCUCAAGCGAGAGAGAUAGAUAUUAGUGAAAGAGAGAAGCUGGGGUGAUCCUAAGGGUAGGGUGCGGGCGGUUCAUGUAAAGGUGUGUUCACAUUGUAAGAUGACCAAUAGACACGAAGCAGGAUCUGUUGCCACUCGUUACCAUUAAUAUUAUUGAGACCACGAUGAACGCGACCUGUUCACCUGGUUCUGGUAUACCCACGAUCCUCGUAGGCGAUUUCGUAUUUAUUCGUAAUUAUUACUUGACUCUUUCUUUAACUCACCGACGAGGAUCGCGUAUGGGCCUAUACCGGGACCCGGACCAGUCGGCGGUUCCUCUCUCUUAGCAAUGAGCUCGACCCUGACCAAUCUCAAGGAGGGUUGCAAGGGGCGCGCGAGCUAAUGGUUUUCUCGAGAAAGGACGAGGGUGCCGUCUUGGUCGAUAGUUAUGGCGUUUAUUAACAAAAAAAAUAAUUCGUGAUCGUCGAUCGCGACGCGUCUCAAAGCGCAAACUAUGUAAACCUUCGAACACGGUGCGUAAUAAGUAUCCGCCUGCGAAAUCUGUACAUAUUUAUGAUUUCUGUACGCGUGCACGCGCGCUCGCGUACCUUCUACAAGUUAGUCGCGGACGCGCGGGUACACGUCCACGUUAUGUGCGUACACGAAGAAUACAUGGUAUACAAAAUUCAGACACGCAUUACACGCACGGGGAACAGAGAACAUCGCACGCACACGCGAGACACCCAGGGACACGGCGAUUACGAGCGGCGUCCGGGGGACACCGUUGGCAACGCAAGACAAAAAAGACAGAAUUUACGAGGAAAGGAACAAAAAAUUACAAGAAAUUAUUCUACACUGCGCUCUUCUGUAACAUACGUAUUUAUUAUAUGUAUCGACGCGCGAGCUGCGCGUUCAGGCGGGCUCGGACGAUCGGGGGAACUUUUGCUCCACUCGAUCGCCCGUCGCGAGACAACCGCGAGAACCGGUUGUCACGCGAUCGCGUCGGGCAACUCGCGCGUCACGCUGCAAGUGCAUAAUACACGGUUAUACAUACUCGUUUAUGUAUAAGUUUUUAGAGUUAACCGAAGGAAAGGAAAGAGAAAAAAAAAUGGGAAAAAAUACACAAACUUUUGGGGGCGAAUCGUAUACACAACCGGGCCGUGAGCGAGGACGGGUCUGGUGUACGGGCUGUAUCAAACAGGUAUUAUUAAUUAAGUAAAACGUAACGUUUAACGAGGUCGGUGGGACUAUACUAGUGGGGACAAAAGGAGGACGAAUCGCGUUUGCGUAAACUUUGGGACUUGGCGUGAAAAGGGCCCCAUUUUUAUACGAGCCCCUCGGGACUGACUAGGAGUUCAGCAGCGCUGUUCGUCGUUUGGGACUCGCGAGUGAGACACUUGGGCGCUAGGCUUGAUUCGUGUGGCCCAUAUUUCUUUUUUGUUAUUCGGCGAUGCGGAGGAUCGAUCUCUGGGGGGGGGGUCGUCGAUGAGGUCACUCGUUGGAUGAUCUAUUAGGAAAUGCGUGAAAUUAAUGGGUGGGUGGAGGGGAGUCUAUGAUCUAUUGAAAUACAAUCACGUGUGUACCACUUAUGUCUGUAUGCCAUUGGCACAGGCCGUAAUCGCGAUACAAUUGUUAGAAUUACUUCUCUGGCUUAUUGUCGCGCUCCUAGUGUCACUCUGUGUCCGAGAUACGUGUUUUCACGGAUUUACGUAUUUUACGUAACGAUUGUCGUCGGAGUCCGAUCAGUGCGCGCGGAGCCGAACUUAUUGUAACUAGUUACACCGUGCUAGUCAAAAAAAAAAAAAAAAAAA